AUGUCGAUGCCACAGGACCCAACUCGAUAUCCGGAUGCCCGCAAUGGCUCGGAGACCUCCAGCACGGGUAGCAGGCGCUCUGAGGAUACGGUAAAACAAGAUGACAGUAACUCCCGGGCCCGGCCCAGCAACAGAUACAGGGAGGAGGGUAGCGAUUCAUCCGAAGUUGGCGCGGGCGCUACGAUAGCUUCUGCAUUUCCUACCAACUCCCCGAAUAUAUCUCCCAGGGAGCGGCGAACAUCAUACGGAUUUGGAAACCCGAAAAAGGUUUUCAAUAUGAUAUCACAUCGCGAAGAACUAGUUCAUCCUGGAAAAAGCACCAUUCCUAAGUUGGCCCUUGUCAGUCAUGGCCCUAGCGCAACAUCCUCGCCCAAGUUGCCGUCCGAUGCGAGCCAACAACGAACAUUCUACCACGACUCACCCGAGCUAGAGUCGUCGCCCUCGUUCGAGCCGUUCACCUCCCAGGCGCCGUCGAAUUCUCUUCGUCCGGACGAGGACGAGGACGAUGGAGAUAACCUUCGACGGCCGUCUGUAGCCAGCGCGACCACCGUCGGUAGCCAAGGAUCUCGUUCCAGCGGGGGAAGAUUCCACAAGCGACUCCAGGGAAUAUUCGGCGACGAUUUCGACCAGCAGGACGUUUCGUUUCCUUCAACGUUGAGAUCGUCAAGUCGACUGUCCAGCUCGAGGCCGCGAACGGGUUCUGCUGGCAGAGUGCGGAAGGGAUCCACAAAUUCACUGAUCGAUCGAACUGCUUCCCCUGAUCCCGCUCGCCCGCGCACCCCCAUACCUUCUAGCGAAGUCACUCCGUGGGAGUACCAGGAUUUUAAGGAUAUUCCGAACCUGGGUGAAGCUCCUGUGCGGCAAGCUCCCACUGACGUUUCUGAGCCUCAACCAGCUAUUGCGCCCAAGGUGCGCCCGACACAUCGACUUCAUCUCACCGGUCACCGCUAUACUCAGAGCAAGGAAGACCCCCCCAGCAGCGCCAAUAUCAGCUCCCCCAUCCCGUCGCGGCCUGCUUCUGGCCGUGAUGAGAUUCCACCCCUUAUGCGAUCGUCUAGAGAGCAUAGCCUGCAGGCACCGACCCCGAUGAGUUCCUCUACCACGCUGGGCGCUCGUUCCGCCAGCCCUACGCCUAGCACACGGAGCAUCAAUGUCAGAGACAUACGUGAUCAAUCAUCCCCUUACUCCUCUGCGCCCAAAAGAUCCUUCUUAGACCGCAUCCGCUGGAACAAAGCACCCACCAACCCCCUCAAGAACUUGCCCUCGUCUUCAAAGUCCGUCCAGGACACGGGGAAAGUGCCUAGCUAUUUCGGCGCCGAGCCAAGUUCCAUAAUUCGUGGUAGAAAGGGCAGUUCUGAUUCGAAUUCGCGGCAAUGGGAGAAUAAUGACCCUGACCGUAAGAAAGAGGGUUCCACCAGCAAAGCGCUGUCUGCAAUAGGGCCAAGUAGGCUCCGGCACGGUCGCCGUGGGAAAAGCGGAAGGGAGCGUCGCGACAAGAAUGACGUUAACAAUGUCUUUCUUGACACCAACCUGGGUGAUAUGUCUGGUAUAGUGACCCAUCCUGACGCCAUAUCGCCAACCGACACCAGUGUUGGUAUAUUUGGAGGCUCAAAGCCAUUCCUUGCCAACGGAGAGGCUCUGGCUCCGCUAGAUCUCAUUGGGACAGAUGAUUGGCAUCCUCCUGAUAGCUGGCAAGUCAAACGGCCAACAGAAGAUGGAGGCACACGCCUGUCUAGCGUGGCUGAUGCUGGUCCUGAAAUGGAUGUUGACGAAGACGGCCAUCCGUUCUGUAUACGUGUUUUCCGUAUCGAUUCGACCUUUGCUACUCUUUCUGCCGGCCUCAAUACUACUGUCACCCAGCUUCUGGAGAUGUUGGGGCGCAAGUCAUUCUUACAAGAAGACCUUAAUAAUUAUGAAAUAGUGAUGCGAAAGAAUGAUCUCAGUCGAACCCUCGAACCCAGCGAGCGUCCGAUCUUGAUGCAGAAGCGUCUCCUCCAGCAAGUUGGCUACCACAUGUCCGAUCGUAUCACCGAGAUAGGGCGUGAAGACAAUAGCUACAUAUGUCGAUUCACCUUCCUUCCUACUAAACUAGGUGUCUAUUCGAAUCUCGAUCCUGAGCUGGGCUUCACAGAUAACCAGAAGUAUAGCCACGUCGACCUUGAAGGGAGAAGUGUGGCCACAAUACCGCUCAAACUAUAUAAGAAAGCGUCAGAAAUUAUAUCUCUAAACCUCUCGAAGAAUCUGGCCCUGGACGUUCCUAAGGAUUUCAUUCAGAGCUGUAUCAACCUGCGAGAGAUUAGAUUUACGAGCAAUGAAGCCUGGCACCUACCUCCGAGUCUUAGCUUGGCCUCUCGGCUGACCUACCUGGACAUAUCCAACAACAGGCUGGAAAAGCUUGAACAUGCCAAUCUACACAAGUUAAAGGGCCUCGUCAGCCUGAAGAUGGCAAACAAUAAGCUAUCCAGCCUACCUGCUAACUUUUGGGAUUUCCCUUCACUGAGAAGUCUGAACCUGUCGUCAAAUAAUUUCCGUGCUCUUCCUGAUUUCUUGGGAAACCUAACUAGUCUGGUUGACCUGGAUAUAAGCUUCAACCAAAUCGAGGAUUUACCGACUAUUGGACAAUUCACCUCCCUGGAACGGCUAUGGGUUACCAAUAAUAGCCUGAGUGGGCCGCUUGUCGAGACUUUCAAGGGCCUUACCAAGCUCAAAGAGGUUGAUGCGCGGUUCAACAACAUCACUUCGAUUGACAACAUGUCUUCUCUUCCCCGGCUGGAAACCCUUCUAGUUGGCCACAACGCCGUGUCUGCCUUUUCUGGUUCCUUCCCUAGGCUUAGGACCUUGGUACUUGACCAUUGCCCCGUUACAGAGUUUGAUAUUACUUCCCCGCUACCAACGCUUCAUUCUCUAAAUAUUGCAUCCGCUAAAUUGGUUGAAUUCAGAGACUCUCUAUUUGCUAACGUUCCCAACCUAACCAAGCUUAUCCUAAACACAAAUCACUUCGUCACACUCUCUCCUAACAUAGGCUCUUUGAAGAAGCUUGAGCAUCUCAACCUCGCAAAAAACCCCCUUUCCAUCUUACCCGCGUCAAUAGGUUGUCUAACAGAACUAAAAAGUCUGAAUCUCCGGGAAUGUAAUCUUAACAGGCUCCCUGCUGAGAUAUGGUAUUGUCUUAAGCUGGAGAGCCUAAACGUCUCAUCCAAUGUUCUCGAAAUGUUCCCCAAACCAGCUCCUUCCCCGCCGCUCCCACCAUCUGAAUCCUCUAAUAGCUUAACACCGAUGGGGACGCCAUUGCUUCGUGCUGAUAGCUACGAUGAUGUUAGCGGGAGGAGCGAAGAUUAUGAUUUCCGACGACCAAGCCAUGCAUCUACUAGUCGUCUACAGGUCGGCACGCCCCCUGACUCGACUAGGAAAGGUUCGAUACCAUCUAUGAGCUCUCCUGGUGGAAGGAAAUCAUCAAAUGCAUCUCGUGCAACUGCUGAAUCAAGGAAAGAUUCAACAUUUUCACAACGAAUAGCAAGCACCUUUGCUAGCUCGCUAAGACAACUUUACCUUGCUGAUAACCGUCUCGAAGACGACAUCUUCCAUCAAAUCGCGCUACUAACGGAGUUGAGGGUGCUGAAUUUGUCGUAUAAUGGCCUAACGGACUUGCCUCCUGGGUUCAUCCGGCGAUUACAAUAUCUUGCCGAGCUCUAUCUGUCCGGAAAUGAACUUAGUUCUCUACCCUCCGACGACCUGGAGGAAUCAAGUAACCUAAAGGUGCUCCAUCUCAAUGGCAAUAAAUUCCAAGUCCUUCCAGCAGAGCUUUGCAAGAUAAAUAAACUUGCAGUCCUUGACGUGGGAAGCAAUUCACUUAAGUAUAACAUUUCCAACUGGCCGUAUGAUUGGAACUGGAACUGGAAUCAUAACCUGAGAUACCUCAAUUUUUCCGGAAACAAACGAUUUGGCAUCAACCCCUCCAGUGCUUAUACACCAAGUCUUGAUGGCACGCCGUCAACAGAUUUGACAGAUUUCAGCUCGCUGACUUACAUACGUGUUCUUGGCUUGAUGGAUGUUACUAUUACUAUCCCUACCAUCCCUGAAGAAACAGAAGAUCGUCGUGUACGAACCUCUGCGUCAUUGUCUGGAUACAUUGCAUAUGGCCUGGCGGAUAGUCUUGGCAGGAACGAACAUCUAUCCAUGAUGGAUAUGGUGGUGCCGCGCUUUAGAGGUAGUGAUAUGGAAACAAUCAUUGGUUUGUUUGAUGGCCAGCCAUCAAUGAGUGGGGGUUCCAAGAUUGCAAAAUUUCUGCAUGAAAACUUUACAUCAACUUUCAUGGAGGAACUGGGGAAGCUCCGCAAACAAAACGGCGAAACCCCAGAAGACGCUCUACGAAGAACAUUUUUGGCUCUCAACAAGGAUAUGGCUACUGCGGCAUAUAAGCCUGUGGACGAUAAGGAAUCACGUCACUGGGAUCGCAACCCUACAGCCGCUAAGCUGCUUAAUCGGGAAGAUGCCUUUUCGGGAGGAGUCGCCACUGUUCUAUAUCUACAGAAUAUGGAGCUAUUCGUCGCUAACGUCGGUGAUGCCCAGGCCCUGCUAGUUCAAGGAAACGGGCAGUUCAAGCAUCUUACCAAAAAUCAUGACCCCGCAGAAGCGUCUGAGCGAGAACGGAUUAGACGGGCUGGUGGGUAUGUUUCUCGCAACGGAAAGUUGAAUGACCAAUUAUCGGUUUCCCGAGCGUUUGGGCACUUCCAUUUGGUUCCUUCUGUUAUUGCAGCCCCUAGCACGGUGAAGAUUACACUUACGGCUCAGGACGAAAUGAUUAUCCUCGCAUCCGGGCAGUUGUGGGACUAUGUAACGCCGAAUGUGGUUGUUGACGUUGCGAGGUCCGAACGAGGGGAUUUAAUGAUCGCCUCGCAAAAGAUUCGUGAUCUAGCCAUUUCUUACGGUGCUACAAACAAGCUAAUGGUCAUGAUUGCUGGUGUUCAUGAUCUCAAACGGCGAGAACGUAGCAAGUUCAGAAGCACAAGUCUAUCAAGACCCUCUCCUCUUAAUGAUGAACAUAUGUUCCCUCUCACCAAGCGUGCAAAGAGAGCCCGUGAUAUCCCGAGUGAUUCUACCCUGGCAAGACUGGGUCAUGUUGAGGCCCCCACAGGUGAACUCGCUAUAGUCUUCACCGAUAUUAAGCAAUCUACAUCCCUCUGGGAAACGUACCCAUUAGCUAUGAGGUCCGCCAUUCAGAUUCACAAUGAACUAUUCCGCAGACAGCUGCGACUGAUUGGUGGAUUUGAAGUCAAGACUGAAGGAGAUGCGUUCAUGGUAUCAUUCUCAACUGCGACUGCAGCGUUGCUAUGGUGUUUCACCUGUCAAAUGCAGUUACUAGAAGCACCUUGGCCGACAGAAGUGCUUCAAACCCCUUCAUGUCGCGAAACUUAUGAUGACGAUGGAAACCUUAUAUACAGAGGGCUGUCCGUCAGAAUGGGAAGAAUGGACUAUUUCGGGCCAAUGGUUAACCGUGCAUCUCGAAUUUCUGCGGUAGCUGACGGCGGGCAGAUCUUCGUUUCAGCCGACUUCGUUACGGAGAUGGAGAGAACUUUAGAAGCCUUUGCAGACUACGAACGAACAAACUCCGAAUCAUCAGAAGAUACGUUUGGAGACGAGGCUUUGGGCCAGGCUACACGUCGUGAACUUUACCAGUUGAGCACACAGGGCUUCGAAGUCAAGGACCUUGGUGAGCGUAAAUUAAAAGGUCUCGAGAACCCUGAGUCUGUAUACCUAUUAUACCCCCAUGCUCUGUCAGGACGACUUUCUGUUCAACCGGACAUGGUUGCAUCCGGCGAAGCAUCCUCUCCGGGAACACUUGGCAAGAACUCUACCCUGAAUAUUGAUGCAGAUAUGUUCUGGCAACUACUCAAGAUUGCUCUUCGCUUGGAAGCCUUCUGCAGUGCCCUUGAAAACCCUUCUGGAACUAUAUUACUCGAACCAGACUUGCAAGUUAUCAAUGCUAUCAAGGCCCGUGGUGACGAGAUUGACGAUGCUGCUGUCAUGAGCUUGCUUGAACAUCAAGUAGCACGUAUAGAGACCUGCACCAACACCCUUACAAUCAGAACCAUGAUGCAACCGUUCAAACCAAACGACACACUUCUCGACCAUGCCGUACCCAUGGCAGAUAUUCUCCAACAACUUCAAUCCCAACUCGCUGAAUUUAAAGCACUUAAGGCCCAAAUCAACCUUAAUGAAGCCCCUACCACGCCCCCACCUAGUGGCUACUCUCUCGAAAUGCCAGAGUCAACCAUAUCCUCCGCCAAAUCAUCUGCCCUUAACUUAGCAGCUCCUUCAGCCCCAAAGUGA